UAAAUUCAAAAGUACAUAAUUCGGGCUACUCGGAUCUUGAUAAUUACAGAAACGCCACAGCAAAUCUGCCCGAGUCGAAAAAAGAAAGAAAAAAAAAUAUUAUGCAGAAGAGAGAGCAGGGCAAAUCAGGCGGCGCGGCUGGUGGGACCGCUGCACCAUCUGCAAAGAGAGGCCGGCCCUUUGGCAGCACAGCUGGAGGCGCAGCCUCCGCCUUUUCAGCUGAUUCAGUGGCUCCGUCCACUCUCUUCGGCCCUUCCCUCCAAAUCCAGAACUCCUUCGCAGAACAAAACAAUAAAAGGAUAGUUCUUGCACUUCAAAGUGGAUUGAAGAGUGAGUUGACUUGGGCUUUGAACACUCUCACAUUGCUCUCUAAAGAUGAUAUGCGUAAAGACGCCUGCUUGGCCAAAAUACCUGGCUUGCUCGAUGCUCUUCUCCAAAUUAUAGACGAUUGGCAUGAUAUGGCCCUCCCAAAGGAACUUAAAAAGGGACAAAGGGCUAGAACAUUGGGUGCGAGUUCUGUUGUAACAGGAUUUGGGAAUGAAUACGAGGCGUUGGGAACAAACACCUUGCUGCCACAGUCAGGAUUGAGGUCAGGUUCUUCUGCUGCAGAAAUAUCGAGGCAGAAGAAUACUACCAAAGUGCGUCCUUCUGAGUGGUGGUUUGAUGAAGAUGGUCUAUUUAAUCUAGAUGAUGAGGGGCGAGCAGAAAAACAGCAGUGUGCUGUUGCUGCUUCUAAUAUUAUUCGCAACUUUUCUUUCAUGCCAGAGAAUGAAAUUGCUAUGGCUCAGCAUCGGCAUUGCUUGGAAACUGUGUUUCAGUGCAUAGAAGGUCACAUUGUAGAGGAUGAGGAACUUGUUACAAAUGCCAUUGAGACAAUUGUAAAUUUGGCUCCCUUGCUUGAUCUUCGAAUUUUUAGCUCACCAAAACCAUCCUACAUUAAAAUAACUGAAAAACGUGCAGUUCAAGCUAUCAUGGGGAUGCUAGGAUCCCCAGUCAAAGCCUGGCACUGUGCAGCUGCAGAAUUUCUUGGGCGCAUGAUUAUAAAUCCUGAAAAUGAACCUCUCCUCCUUCCCUUUAUUCCACAGAUGUAUAAGCGUUUAGUAGAUCUUUUGAGCUUGCUGGCGUUUGAUGCUCAAGCUUCUGCCAUUGGUGCACUCUAUAACCUUGUGGAUGUCAAUAUGGACUGCAGAUUGAAGCUUGCUAGCGAAAGAUGGGCCGUUGAUCGUAUACUGAAAGUGAUCAAGACACCACAUCCAGUACCAGAAGUCUGCCGGAAAGCUGCGAUGAUAAUAGAGCACCUUGCAUCUGAUCCUCAGAAUAGGACAUCGCUGCUAGCUUAUGAAAAUGCAUUUGCAGAGAUACUCUUUUCAGAUGGUAGACAUUCUGAUACCUUUGCAAGGAUUUUGUUUGAACUGACUUCAAAACCAAACAACAAAAUGGCAACAGCUCGGGGAAUUUGGGGCACGUAAUUUAGACCUUGACUCUAAUUAAGUCGACUGUUAGAUUUGGACAUGGCCCCUAAGCUUACUUGUACAUACUGCCCGAGUUUAGAUUAUAACUGAUCAUUAAUUAUGUCGUGCUUGUAAUAUGUAUGGAUCCUUAAUUUCGACAAUGUUUUUUAAACACUCAGAAAGCUGGCUAUAGCGCUAUCAUCUAGUAUUUAUUUGUCCUAGUGUUAAUGGCAUAAAUAUAAUCGAAUUUUACUA